UAAAGUGGCCACACGGCGUGCCAGUCCGUCCAAAGCUGCCGCUCACAUCCCUCUGCCGCCGCGCAGCGAGCACGGGAAGACGCGCUCGCCAAGUCCCCCUCCGUCUCCGUAGCACUCGGUGACGCGCAGCGCGCAGCGCGGACGAGCCACUCAGCGUCCGGCGCGCGGUGCUCUGCUCUGCCACCCCGCGUGCAAUGCUACGGCGGCGUUUGCGGGAUAAAGACAGCGUUCAUACAUAAGCGGCGUCGGUGCGGAACGAGGACAACCGCCGGGGGACAGGAGCAGCGAGCGCCCGGGGAGGUGUUGUCGGCAAUAUUCAAAAGAUCUAAUUUGCCUGUGAUGAGCAUCCCUAUCCACCAGAGACCAAAGGUACGGAAUGUUGCCGUAUUCCAAUAUGAAGCGUGCAGACCUGCGACGACUCGUGCUUCUCCCGCGAUGCAGCCAGUUGUUGCCAAACUGACAAGCCAUUGUCUUUCCCUAAGCCACGACCUGCCCCUGUUGUUCCCUCUGAGAGGAAGAGGAAGUGAUGUCACGCCACCACCACCGCUUUGAGAGGGACUACCGGGGGCCCUGGGACCGCCGGGACAUCCGCCCCUCCGGCCUCCACAACGGGGGAGCCAGCCAUAGCUGUGCCUCCGCCGUCGUCAACGGCAACAACCGCCCGGGGCUCCUCCCCCUCCCGGUCAUCCCCUCCCUCCUGCCCACCCCAGUCACAGUUGCCGUGACAACAUCCAGCAGCGACAUAGCGGUCAAGCGGGGCAUCACGGCAGCGGGACCGGUGGCUCCGGCGUCGGCCAAGGUCUCUGGCCUGUCGCCCGGAGACAGCCAGACCCAAGGCCUGCUGCUGGCCCCGGGGGUGCGAUGGGGACAGACGCCCAUCAACCAGCUCACGCCGUGGGACACGGACGAGCCCCCCGCCAAGCAGCACCGAGACAGCGAGCCCAGCGGUCCGACCUGGGCCGCCCCCGUUGCAGCGGUGAGCCAGCCCAGCCUCCUGCCCCACACCUACGCGCUCCCCCAGCCCCCCUCCUUCAACCACAGCGUGACGGCGCAGUCGCCCAUCAUCGGCGUGAGCCCCUCCAUCCAGACGCCGGUGCCCCCCCAGCACCCGCUCAUGACCACCCACUUCCAGCUGACGCCGCAGUCCACCCAGCAGCCGCCCUCCAUGGUGCUGAGCAUCCCCAGCCAGCCCCCGUACCCCUCGGCUCAGCCGGCGCUCGCCGCCCAGACCAACCAGGUGGUUCAUCCGAGCCCCCACAGCGUGAUGGGCAACGGCCACUUGACCGCUCACCCCGGACUCAUGCAGCCCCCCGCCCUGCCUCUGACCAACGGACAGGCGGCCGCGGCGCAGGCCCAGGCCACGCCCCCAGACCUCCAGGACGGGCCCCAAGGGCUGCAGAUGCUGCGCACAGUAGGAAUGGGAAAGUACGAGUUCAGUGACCCCGGACACCCAAAAGAGAUGUUGAAGGAGCUGAACCAGCAGCGCAGAGCGAAAGAGUUUACAGACCUGAAAAUUAUUGUUGAAGGCAAAGAGUUUGAAGUCCACCAAAAUGUUCUAGCUUCCUGCAGCUUGUAUUUCAAGGACCUGGUGAAAAGGUCGUUGGGGGAGACGAGGAGCGGCGAGAUGCUGGAGCUGAAGAUGAGCAACAUCAGCGCCGACGUCCUGGAGCUGCUGCUGGAGUUCGUGUACACGGGAUCGCUGGUCAUCGACUCGGCCAACGCCAAGACGCUGCUGGAGGCCGCCAACAAGUUCCAGUUCAACACCUUCUGUAAAGUCUGCGUCUCCUUUCUAGAGAAACAGUUGACUGCAGCUAAUUGCCUGGGAGUGCUGGCUAUGGCCGAAGCCAUGAGUUGCACGGAGCUCCACAACAUGGCCAAAGCGUUUGCGCUGCAGAACUUCCCUGAGGUGGCGGGGCAGGAGGAGAUACUGAGCGUUUCCAAAGAGGACCUGGUGGCCUAUUUGUCCAACGACAGCCUGAACACGAAGGCCGAGGAGCUCGUGUACGAGACAGUCAUCAAGUGGAUCAAACAAGACCCCAACUCCAGAGUGCAGCACUUGUCGGAGCUGCUGGCGACGGUGCGCCUGCCCUUCAUCCACCCGUCCUACCUGCUCAACGUGGUGGACAACGAGGAGCUGAUCAAGUCGUCGGAGGCGUGCCGCGACCUGGUCAACGAGGCCAAGCGCUACCACAUGCUGCCGCACGCGAGGCAGGAGAUGCAGACGCCCCGGACCCGGCCGAGGCUUUCUGCAGGUGUCGCCGAGGUGAUAGUUCUGGUGGGAGGGCGCCAGGCCAUCGGGAUGAACCAGCGCUCGCUGACGGCGGUCACCUGCUUUAACCCGCAGAACAGCAAGUGGUACCCGCUGGCCAGCCUGCCCUUCUACGACCGCGAGUUCUUCAGCGUGAUCUCGGCGGGAGACAACAUCUACCUGUCAGGUGGCACGGAGUCGGGUGUGAUGGUGGCCGACGUGUGGUGCUACAUGUCCCUGUUGGACAACUGGAACCUGGUGUCGCGGAUGACGGUGGCCCGCUGCCGGCACAACGGCCUGGUGUACGACGGCAAGCUCUACACCAUCGGAGGGCUGGGCGUGUCGGGGAACCUGGACCACGUGGAGAGAUACGACACCAUCACCAACCAGUGGGAGACGGUGUCCCCUCUGCCCAAGCCGGUCCACUCUGCAGCGGCCACGGUGUGUGGAGGGAAGAUCUACGUGUUCGGAGGCGUGAACGAGGCCGGGCGCUCCGCAGGGGUCCUCCAGUCCUACUUACCGCAGAGCAACACCUGGAGUUUCAUUGAGUCGCCCAUGAUAGACAACAAAUACGCCCCCGCGGUGACUCUGAACGGCUUCAUAUUCAUCCUGGGAGGAGCCUACGCUCGCGCCACCACCAUCUACGACCCAGACAAAGGCAACAUCAAGGCCGGUCCCAACAUGAAUCACUCUCGGCAGUUCUGCAGCGCCGUGAUCCUGGACGGGAAGAUCUACGCCACCGGCGGCAUCGUGAGCAGCGAGGGCCCGGCUCUGGGCAACAUGGAGACCUUCGACCCCUGCACCAACGCCUGGACCCUGCUGCAGUCGCUGCCCUGUCCGCUCUUCAGACACGGCUGCGUCGUCAUCAAGAAGUACAUCCAAAGCGGCUGAGGGCGGCGCCGGCCCGUUCGCGCUGGGUCGAGGCCGAACGCCAGCUGAGCUCCGGUCGUUGGAGGUGCGAUGGCAGCUUGGGGUCAGUCGGGACCUCUGGACUAGACGCCGGCAUUCACCCCCCUCCCCCGUUACUCAUCCCUGUGCAGAAUGUACUCACUCAGCUACUCGGCCGCGUCAGGUGGCGCAGCCUAACCUCCCGUUCUGUAUGUGUCAUGGUAGUAGUUCACCCUCUCGUCCAAAAGGCACAGGGACACUUAGUAAGCUUUCCUUGGAUUUUAAUGAAUUCAGUUUUUUCAGUAAUCCCACCAUCUCAGUUUCCUUAUCAUGCUGCGACCGUAGCGAUGAGCCACUGCAGGUCCAGCUUUUGUUGUUUGUAAGCAGGUUCGACAGGUGUAGGCUGCACGGUCCUCCGUUGGGGAACAGAAGCGCUCCCUCUGUGACAGUGCAGACAGGAGGAAGGAGAUGCAAAGGAAGCCAGCUGUUUUCCUCCUCACUGGUGGAUUCCAGGAGUCUUUCCCUCUCUCCGCUCCAUCGAGAAGUGAAGUUGAAUAUGAGGCAGUUUGAAAAUCAGGUUUUGAACUCUGUGUUACCCGCUUCUUUUAAUUGCUUGCUAAACACAGGUAAACCUUAAAAUCUGGGUCAGGAAAAAAAAUCUUUAUUCUUCUCUGUUGUGCAAUUCAAACCUGACUGAUAUCAUCUGGAGGGUGAGUGGCCUGUUUUUCUCCUUUGAUUUAUACUCUCUUGCUCUCUGGGACACAAAGCGGUACAUCAAGAGAGAGAGGGGAAUUCUUCCUAUCUGCUGACGACUGAUCGGAGGCUCAAGGUGGGACAGUUCCUCCGGAUAAAAGCACAAUAAUCACCUGUGACUGUUACCGUCGACGUUUUCUCGGCCAUCAGUUCCUCCAUGUCUUUGUUUUAUACGCUUUGUUUCAUCGCAACCCACAAAUGACACUGGGUUGAUAUUCUGUAAAUACAGGAAGGAAAUAUGUAUAUUUUAAAACCUGAAGGCAAUUCUGUAUAAAUGUUUUUAGAAAACAAACACCUCAUAGGUUGGACCCAAAUGGUAACUCUGUAAAUCUGUACCCAAAAAGGAGAAAUUAACAAUUGUUAUUACUGAAACCUAAUACAUAUACCAUUAUGUGAACACAA